AUGGAUUUAAAAAUAUUAGUGUUUUUGCUGACUUUUUCGGCUGCACAAGGACAGUUUUAUGAAGACAAAAGGUGCCGUUGUAUUUGCCCCAGUCCUGCUGCAUUACUCAACAGUAGUCUUAGUGAUAGGAAGGUGUAUACCAGCAAUGUACCCCCCAACAAGUGCAAUUGCGAGGGCGUUAUUCUGCAGAUCGUGGGCGAUGAACUGAAGGGCCAUGAACAAGAGUUUUGUCCCCGCUGUGAGUGUAAAUAUGAAACCCGAAAUACAACUAUUAUCAUGGUAGUAGUCAUUAUGAUGCUCUGGGUGCUGACGAUGCUCUCCGGUUAUAUGGGAUUCCUUAUGUGUUUGGACCCCUUGAUCAAUAAGAGGAAGGUCAAAUUCCACCAGGAAGCUGGCACGGGCACCGAAGAGGCACGUACAUUGCUGUUACAAGACGCAGAUGACUGA